AUGGACGACAAUGAUCCGUGGUUAGCCCCAGACAAGCUUCACCAUGUUCUCUUCUGCUUCUCUUUCACCCUCCUCUUCUCCACAUUAGCCGCCCGAACCCGGUAUCCGUUUCUACGUCGUCACUCUAUUCGGGUCGGAUCCAUUCUCUCUCUCUUAGCCGGCGCAGCCAAGGAGUUCGCUGACGAGCUCGGGUUCUUCAGGUCCGCCGGAGCCUCCGCUAAAGACGCCGCCGCUGAUAUCCUCGGCGUCCUGAUCGGUUCCCUUGUGCUAUAUUUGAUUAAGUACACGACUCGACCCGAGAAUGAGACGGGUCGGAUCAAAGAGGAUUCGAUGGUCUGA